GCUGCUCUUUGGGAUGCCAGAGGUGCUGAAAUAGCAGCAGACAAGAGCUCAGCCCAGCGUUAAUAGCCGGUGCGGCCGGCAGCUCCGAGAUGACAAUAGGGAGCAUGGAGAACGUGGAGGUCUUCGGCUCCGAGGGCAAGGGCCGGGGGCUGAAGGCCACCAAGGAGUUCUGGGCGGCGGACGUCAUCUUCGCCGAGCGGGCGUACUCCGCCGUGGUCUUCGACAGCCUGGUGAACUUCGUGUGCCACACCUGCUUCAAGCGGCAGGAGAAGCUGCACCGCUGCGGCCAGUGCAAGUUCGCCCACUACUGCGACCGCACCUGCCAGAAGGACGCCUGGCUGAACCACAAGAGCGAGUGCUCGGCCGUCAGGAGGCUCGGGAAGGCGCCCAGCGAGAACAUCAGGCUGGCGGCCCGCGUCCUGUGGCGGGUGGAGAGAGAGGGCACCGGGCUCACCGAGGGCUGCCUGGUGUCGGUGGAGGACCUGCAGAGCCACGUGGAGCACUUUGGGGAGGAGGAGCAGAAGGAGCUGCGGGCGGACGUGGAGGCGUUCCUGCAGUACUGGCCGCCGCAGAGCCAGCAGUUCAGCAUGCAGUACAUCUCCCACAUCUUCGGAGUGAUCAACUGCAACGGGUUCACGCUCAGCGACCAGAGAGGCCUGCAGGCAGUGGGCGUGGGCCUCUUCCCCAACCUGGGCCUGGUGAACCACGACUGCUGGCCCAACUGCACCGUCAUCUUCAACAACGGCAGCCAUGAGGCAGUGAGAUCCAUGUUUCACACCCAGAUGAGGAUUGAGCUCCGGGCCCUGGGCAAGAUCUCGGAGGGAGAGGAGCUGACGGUGUCCUACAUCGACUUCCUCAAUGUCAGUGAGGAGCGCAGGAGGCAGCUGAAGAGGCAGUACUACUUUGACUGCACCUGUGACCACUGCCAGAAAGGGCUGAAGGACGACCUCUUCCUGGGGGUGAAGGAGGACCCCAAGCCGUCUCCGGAAGCCGUGAAGGAGAUGAUACAGUUCUCCAAGGACAUGCUGGAGAAAAUAGACAAGGCUCGCUCCGAGGGUCUGUACCACGAGGUGGUGAAGUUGUGCCGAGAGAGUCUGCAGAAGCAGGAGCCGGUGUUUGCCGACACCAACCUCUACACGCUGCGGAUGCUGAGCAUCGUUUCCGAGGUCCUGUCCUACCUCCAGGCCUUCGGGGAGGCCUCCCACUACGCCAGGAGGAUGGUGGAUGGCUACAUGUAGGAAGCUCUACCCCCCAACAAUGCCCAACUGGGCUAUGCCGUGAUGCGGGCAGGCCUGACAAACUGGCAUGCUGGUCACGAGGUGGGGCACGGGAUGAUCUGCAAAGCCUAUGCCAUCCUCCUGGUGACUCACGGGCCCUCCCACCCCAUCACCAAGGACCUGGAGGGCAUGCGGGUGCAGACGGAGAUGGAGUUGCGCAUGUUCCGCCAGAACGAAUUCAUGUACCACAAGAUGCGCGAAGCUGCCCUGAACAACCAGCCCAUGCAGGUCAUGGCUGAGCCCAGCAACGAGCCAGCCCCCACUCUGUUCCAUAAGAAGCCAUGAGGACCUGGGGCGGCCCGGCCGGGGAGGGAUCCUGGAGGCAGUGGGUCUCCGCGGAGGCCCUUGAGGAGCAAGCCCAGGGAGCGCUCAGCCUCGCGGCUGGGGGCGUCCUGCCCUGGGUUUGCCUCAGUGUAACUCUGUCCUCCCAGCCCGACUCCGGUGGACGUGCAUCGGUGCUGGGCCCUGGCACCUAUAACGGAGCUCCCGGUGUAGGAGGGAGACCAGUGUGAACGAUCCAUUAAAGCGAGUGUAACCCUGA